AUGAAGGACAAGGACAAGAAGCUGCGCAAAUUCCAGUUUCAUCACACUCCCAAAUCAGAUCCGACCUCACCAGCCGCUGGCAGUUCGAAGGAGCCACCACCGACGUUGGACUUGAGCAAGGUCCUCAGUGGGGGAAGGUGGGUGUUUGCCGCAGGAUAAUGUAACGAGGGUUCGAAACUCUAGUAAGCAUGGUUAUGGUCCAUUAUGUGCCAUCCCAUUUAAGUCCUGAUAAAGACGAGAAUUUCGGAUACCGUCUUUGAUUUUCUGUAUAAGAAUUAGCCAGAAAAAGGAUUAACUUGGGCAGCUUUUCGCGUGCAAUAGCCUGGGACAAUGACCGGAUCUUUACAUACUCCGUUAUUUAAUCUUCCAUUGCAUCCUUCAGAAGCCUUUCCAGCCAUUGUAUAAUUUCUUUUACAAUAACAUGCCCCAUUUAAGUAAGAAGAAGAAAGGGACCCCUCCCCACACUCCCACCAAGCUCGGCUUUGACUCUGAUUCCAUUUUCAAGCCAAGGAUAAACAGGACAGCAAGCACGGGGAGCCAUAAGCAAAAGAAAUACACUGCGCCGUUGAUGGACGACACCAAUCUCCAUACCAUGAGUCCUGUGCCCGCAGGUGCCGGGACUCCUGUGGGUCCAUGUGCUAGUCCGACAUCAGGUACUCCUGCAGGACCAUUGACUCCUAAGGCAUCCAGGGGAUCUCUUCGUGAGGCUGGUACCUCUUCUGGUCCUUUCGAGAAACCCAAGAGCAAGUUCAAGAUGGCCCAUGAGAGCUUCAGGAUUAGAAUGUUUCAAGAACAAUAUGGGUUUGAACCUGUAGGCUGCCUCUUUUUGUAGGAAACCGUCGGCUUUAUUUUUGUCAUGUUCCUUUCUGUUGUUUGUAAUGUAAACAGUUACUUAUCUUCUGACUUCAACUGUUGGAAUUAUGUGUAAUUUGUUAAGAAAUCGUUGAGUUUUUUGCUGACUCUCUGUUUUUAGGUUUUCAUGACCAAAAAGCGGACGGCUGACAGCAAGUUUAGCGAGUUCAAAGGGGGAGAUCUCAAUAAAUACACAGCCCGAUCUUAUACCAUCAAAAACGGAAUAGAAGUGUUUGGCGGUAAGUCUUUAAGUGAUAUAAUAUGUAUGUACUUCAAAAGUAUCUAUUAAAUGAGUUUGCGUGGGUUACGUUAGCGUUCUGCGAACCUUAUUUGUUCCCGAUUUACAUACCGGAAAUCAAGAAAUUGUGGGGACCUGAGGGCAUGCCCCGAAAAACGUCUGGGAUAUUCGAUUUGGAAAGCUCUUCUGGCCACAGAAAGGACAUUAAAGUCGGAGUUUGAAACGAUUUGUACGAGCACAUAUGCUCUGAAACCGCAAUCUGAUCCGGGGACUGAAAUCGGAGAGGAGGGCCGGGAUCAGCCCGAGGCGUUUGCGGAUCCCUCGGCUUCGGCCGCGCAACUCCACAUGCACAUUCAGGAGCCUGCCAUUCGCGUCGAAAAGUUUCGCCAUUAUCCCACCAAAUAUUACAAUGUGUAUCAGGAGUAUGACGAAGGUUUGUUUUACACGAUUCUUUUUAUAGCUGAUUGUGGGAUGGGGUGA